AUGAAUAUCAUUCUGAAGAGUUUGGGUCGUCUGUAUAUGUGUUAGGGUUUUAUCAUUUGGGGCUUAGGGUUUCCAAUUUCAAUUUUUAUUUUUUAUUCAAAAUCGCAAAUGGAGACUUCUCUCAGAUAUGGUGGUUAUUCCAAUUCUCUACGAAUCCACGCCAAGGAAAAAUUGCCAAUCGACUCCAAUACCUACUUGCAGGUCCAUGGAGAGCUAGAUACAAGAAUUGGAGCUCCGAGUUAUUUUAGUGCAGUGAUAAGGCAUUUCUACCCAGAAUUAUCAGCAAGCCUUGGGGUUGGUGCACAAUAUGAUAGGCGUGAGAAGCUACGGUACAGUGUACGUGGAAAAAAGUCAUUUCCAGUCACAACUAAUGGCCUGUUAAGCUUUAAUAUUAAGGGAAAAUGUGAUGUGGACAAAGAAUUUAAAGAGACAAAGUCAAGAGCAGCUGCUGAAUUUUCUUGGAGUGUAUUCAAUUUUCAGAAGGAGCAAGACGUCAGGCUAAAACUUGGCUAUGAAGUGCUUGAAAAGGUUCCGUAUCUGCAGAUCAGGGAAAACAAUUGGACUUUCAAUGCUGAUGUUAAUGGUAGAUGGAAUGUGAGAUUUGACUUGUGAGAAACAGAGCUUCAAUAUUUUGAAGGGGUAUCUUGAGCCAUGGAGAGUGACGUAGUUGAUUGAAUUUGAAGGACAUACAGAUUCAGUAAGGGUAUGGAUCAUCAUGACAUUGACGUUCGUAUGUGGUGGUAUUCAAAUGAAUAUUGAUUAUUUAUACAGAAACUGUUAAAUGCUAUUUAUUACAUAGUAACCACUCUUCGUAAUAUAUCACUACUUUAUAGUACCAUGAACUCAAUGUGGACAAGCACUGUAUUGGAAUUCAAAGCUGCCUUUAAAAAGGAAAAUAUAGAAGCAAUGCUCUUAUAAAAAAUGGAAGCACUGCUUUGGAGGAUUCAGAGUGUGUAGAUCUUUCUCCACUCAUAGAUUUUAUACUAGUAUAACUAUUUUUGUAUUCAGUGCACAUGGUGAAUGCGAUCUUUGUAAUUGUGAAACU